UAGACCACAAUACCACCUCCCCAAUGUCACUUCCACAGCAUAUCCCAAACCAAUCGGGCGAGUCCCACAGUCCAAUUGCCCUCCCUGGAUUGCCUACACAUCUCCCCAAGUCCAACGAACAACGGACCCCGUCUCCAGGUAUCUCAUUACUCCAAGGCUACAUUGAUUCUGAUUCGGGCUCGGACGACGAACCGCCCCAGGAAAACAGUACCAAGGAGUUUGCCUUUGCCGGGACUCUGGAUAUCUCGGUAGAAUCACUAGUGCCAGCCCAGCCGAAGGGAGAACCUGUGCUUAUCCACGGCACCAACAUCACCUUGGAGUCUGAGGAGGAUAUUGCCAAAUGGAUCGAAGAGAGAAAGAAAAGAUGGCCGUCGCGGAAACGUUUAACCGAGAAGGAGGAUGAAAGAGUAAAGCAGCAAGAGAAAACCAAGGAAGCAGCAGAAAAGCGGCAGUCGGAAGUGGUCCUCGACGGCCCUCCCGCCAAACGACCACAGCCUCAACAGAGACUGUGCAAGUUCUUUUUACGGAACGGGAAGUGCCAGUUUGGGAGCAAGUGCAAAAAUAAACACGUUUCACCGACAGAGCUUAAGCAGGUGCGGAAGACGAUCAACGGUGUGGCUGUUGUAAUUCCCGAAAAGUACAGUGGUGCGACAGGUAAAAACAAUUUCUUCAAGAACUUGAUCAGAAAGGAGUUGGAGACCGAGAACGAGGAGGUCUUGGACUUUAUUGCAGUACUUGGAGAGAAGGGAAUGCUCUGAGGUGGAUUGUUUAUUUACAUGCUUUAACUGGGAUCUUGCCCUUAGUGGCUAAGCAAUAUCCGUUUAUCCUACAUAUCUCUAACCUUCACAAGGGAUACUUUGCAAUAUUGAUUAGGUUUUGGGGGCAUUCCUGUCGCUGAAGUUCUAUCAGAAUACACAGAAAAGUACAAAUAUUACAUGACAGGUGAAAAUAUGUACGCUACACAUUAAUUGGUGAGUUUAGGCGUAACUCCAUUUGCUUUCCUGGUCUAGUCCGGAAAUGACCCACCUCUUAUCUUCGAGCUACGGUAAGGUUGGAAACUCAAUUCGGGUGUGUUAUCGUAGCGGAUUUAUCCAAAUAUAUAUCGUAUCUUUUUUAAUAGUGCCUAUGAACUCAGGG